AUGUCUUCAAGCAACGUAAUCGCGGAAAACAGUUCGGUACAAAAUGCCGUCAUUACAGAAGAUGAAGCCGCAAUCUAUGAUAGACAGAUAAGGCUUUGGGGGCUUGAAGCUCAACAGCGAAUGUUAAGCUCUAAAAUAUUGGUGGUUGGAAUGCGAGGCCUUAGUAAUGAGGUUUGUAAAAAUCUUGUCCUUGCGGGAAUCGGAUCUCUCACAAUUCUUGACGAUCAAAAAGUAACUCCAGAAGAUUUGGGCGCGCAAUUCUUUUUGUCGGCUAAUGAUAUCGGGAAGAAUAGAGCAGUUGCAUCAAGAGAUCGUAUUCGUAAUUUGAAUCCUCGCGUGGUUGUCACUGCUGAUUCUGAUAAUUUGGCAAAGAAAUCUGAAGAAUUUUUUAGUAAAUUUGAUGUUAUUUGUCUGACUGAUUGUGAUCUGGAUACUUUGAUACGUGUCAACGAAAUAUGUCGAAAAUUUGACAAAAAAUUAUAUGCUUCAAGCACAAUGGGCUUAUUCGGAUAUAUAUUUUGUGAUUUGAACUAUCACGAAGAAACAAAAGAAGCGAAAUUGGAUAAGGAAGAGCCGGAAGUUAAACGAACCAAAAAAGAAACACAAUACGUGAGUUUAGAGACUUCCCUUUCAAAAACCGAUUGGGCACAAGUUAAAUUCAAGAAAUUAAAAAAAAUUUCCGAAGUGUUGUGGGCUAUUCCAAUAAUUUGGAAAUUUCAACAAAAAGAAGGUCGUCUACCUAAUCCUGAAGACACUUCAAAUGAUGAAACUUCAGACUUUAUGAAGCUGAGAUCUAUAAGCAACGAGUACUUAAAGUCAAUCAAUGUUGAACCAUCACUUUUCACCAAUGGCGUAUCAGCCGAAAUAUCACCAGUUUGUGCAAUCGUCGGUGGUAUCUUGGCUCAAGAUAUUCUUAAAGCGUUGUCUCAAAAGGGACCACCGAUUAAUAACUUUUUCGUGUUUAAUGGAACGGACUGUUCUGGAAUAGUCUAUCAAGUCGAACCUGGCAAAAAAGUAAUACCAUAG